GCGUUUCGGGGGAGGGUCAGUGGGUGGGGAGGAGGAGGGGAUAGUUUCCCUGCUGGAGGCUUCAGUGCGCACACCUGUGCACACCUGUGCGCGCGCCUGUGUACACGUGAGCGCUUGUGCGCAUGCCGCGUUACUCGGCGGACUUGGGUUUGGUCGUGUUCAGCACCCGACGCAUCGCCAUCAGCAGCAGCGGCGGCGGCGGCGUUGUGCUCCACACGCCGAGAGGGUGAGGGUCUGGGGGAGAGGAGAUGCCCAGGGGGAUGAGCGCCGCUCUCGACGUGGACUGCGAGGCAGACUGGACCGUGCAGCUGGCGGGUGCCCUGUUUGGAGACGACCAGCCCCUGUGCUGCCCGGCUGAUUUGACAUCUGACCUCACCUCUGACCUGGUGGACCCUGACCCCGACUUGGAGCUGCCUGAUUUGGACGUGAGCGACCUCGACACCGAUGGCUUCUUCGGGGCUCUCAAGUGGUACGGGGAGCAGGCGGGCUUCCAGGACAAGUCCGACGACGACACGGAGGACUCGCUCCUCGCGGCGCUCGCCGAGGGACUGAGCAGCAUCGAUGGCAUCUCUUGCCUGGACGGCAUCGGCGGCCUGGCGUGCAGCCCGCCGGGAGGGGCGUGCGGCGACGGCGGCAGCAGCGGCGGCGACGACGACGAGAUGGCCUCGCUGCACACCCUGGUGGCCGCCGCGCGGCCCAUCGCCGCGGAGACGGCGGACACCCCGGCCGAGGAGGAGGAGGAGGAGGAGGGCGACGAGUGGCAGGAGUUGGAGGAGAAGCAGCAGCGGGAGCCGUCGCUGCUGAAGAAGUUGCUGCUGGCGCCCGCGAACACGCAGCUCAGCUACGAGCACCGCGUGGGGGGCAGCGUGCGCUGCCGCGGCGGCGGCGGCUCCGGCGCCACCGCCACCGCCUCCUCCGCCCAAGCCGCCGUCAGGCCCCACAAGCUGCCUCUGCCCCUCAAGCCAAAGCCUCUGCUGAGCGGGAGGUCAGCGCCAAACUGCACGGAGCUGCUGCGCUACCUGUGCACGGACGAGGACCCGUCGCCCUCGCACUCUGAAACUCGGGCCACCCGGGGGGGUGGCCGGCCCAAGAAGAAGGCGGCAGCGGCGGCCACGGCCACGGCCACGCAGCCCCAGGCGACGCAGGCGGCGAGAUUCACGUACAGAGAGGCCAAAGCACCCAGCCUGUCCUUGCCUCUCACUCCCAACUCCCCAGGGGAAGGCAAAAGCUUCUCCUCCUCCUUUGAAAACAAAACUUUGGACAGGACGCUAAGCGCCGAGCUCUCCAGCACCGCCGGACUAACGCCGCCCACCACACCGCCACAUAAGCAGCAGCACCUGGACUCGCUCCUGUCCUUCCGCGCCAGCAAACACAAGCAGUCGGCGCUCGGCCGCUGCGAGAGCGGCGCCGCCAAGCGCGUGCGCGGCUCCCUGGUGGUGGCGUGCGCCAGCGGCGUGGCCGGCGGGGCCGGCGGGCGUGCGCUGGAGCAGAGCGAGCUGUACGCCCAGCUCCGCAAGGCCAUGGUGGGCAAGCCGGCAGGGCAGGGCGCCGGCGGGGAGCGACGUGUCGGCAAGAAACCCAGCCCGCGCCUCUUCGGCGACCACGACUACUGCCAGGCUGCGACGGCGGCGCCGCGGUGCGUCCUGAUCGCUCCUCCGCACGCCGGCCACGCGCACCAUCGGCAGCACCAGCGGCGGCCGACGCCGGCGGCGCCCGCACCCGUGCUCGCGGUGACGCCGGCCGCGGCGCCGGCGCAGACGCUCGCGGCGGCACCGGCGCCACAGCCGUGGGCGAGGCGGGCGGCGCCGCGCGUGCGUCGGGACUCGCUGCGCUCCGAGGUCUCGGCGGAGAGCUGCGAGGCGGCGGAGGAGGAGGCCGCCGCCCGGCGGAAGUACGACGGCGAGCGCCUGUCCCAGUGCUCCUCCUCGUCCUCCUCGGGCGUCUUCGACUCGGACGACGAGGACCCGGAGGAGGGCGACGCCGAGAAGCUCCACCGAUCGGGGAAGACGGCGCCGCCGCCUCCGCAGCAGCCGCUCUGUGUGCCGGCGCGGCCCGAGCCCGGCCGGGAGAGCCGCUCGGCCCCCGUGUCUCGCCGGAACUCGAUGUGCAAAAGCCCGGCGGGUUGCGGCAGCGACGGAGAGGAGGGGAUCGACGCGCGGGGUGGGGGCGGACGCGAGCGUCGCCGCGCCGGGGGGUGGGAGGGGCCACCCCCCGGCGCCAGCGGCGGAGGCUGGGGCUCGCAGCCGGGCUCCCCAGCGGCCAGCCCCCCGUUCCGCGACUCACCUCCCUUCGUGAUGUCGUCGCCGUCCUCCCCGCUGCAGGCGCGCGCCCAUGGGCACGACCGCUCGCGCUCUCGCUCUGGAUCGCCUCCAGCGUAUGGCAGGUUCCUCCACCACCGGAGCCGCUCGGGCUCCCCGUGCUGGACUCGCUUCAGCUCUCCUCCCUCCCAGACGCUCCUCUACCAGCACCAAAGCAGGUACGAGUGCGACGAUUAUGAGCGGAGCAAGCGGGAGGAGCACCGGCGGGAGUACGAGAAGCGCGAGAUCGAGAGAGCCAAGCAGAGAGAGCGGCAGAGGGAGAAGGCCUUUGAGGAGAGGCGUGUUGUGCACGUGGGGCGGCUGCCGUCGGACCUGUCGCGAUCCGACCUGCAGAAGAGGUUCGAGGUGUUUGGGGACAUUGAGGAGUGCGUCAUCAACCUUAGGGACAAUGGCGAGAGCUACGCGUUCCUGACGUUCCGCUUCACGUGCGACGCCUGCGCCGCCGUGCAGAGCGGCCACACGCUGAGCCGGCCCGGCGAGUGCCACCUCGACAUCGGCUACGGUGGACGCCGCCUCUCCUGCCGCACCGGCUACACCGACCUGGACCCCACCACGGACGACUUCGAUCCGACUGCCUCCAAGAGCAAAUACGACACCAUGGACUUUGACAGCCUGCUCCGCGAGGCCCAGUGCAGCCUGCGCAGGUAACGCGUCUCUCAGCGCCGUGGCAAACCGUCUCCAGGCAAACCGUCUCCCGGCAACCGUCUCCGCGGCGAUGGCAGGGCCGCCCUCCUCCACCCCCCGCCCAGCCUCCGUCGCCUCCGCCCCCCUCUACCCUCCCCGCGGAGGGCCUCGUGCCGCCACACCUCCACGCUCCGUUCGAGGGCACCGCGCUGCAGAAUACAAACGACAAACGCCGUCGAUUUGACCAAUGACCGCCCGGAACCUGAAGGCGCCGGGGUUGAACGGCGUGGAAAACGGCCGAAGGUGGACAAUCGCCUCGCCGUCGCCCCAUGGGUGGACAAUCGCCUCGCCGUCACCCCGCGGGUGGAUGAUCGCCUCGCCGUCGAGCGUUGGACAGCGGCGAAGAAAUCUGCUUUACACUACAAUAUACUAAGAGAAGACUAAAGUUUACAGAUACGUUGCAGUACAUUUAUUUAGGUGCCAGUAAUUAAAGAGAAUGAAACAAAAUAUAUAUAUCCGGGGCUUGUAUUGAAGGGAAGAUGUCGAUUUAAUGACGAGGCGUGGCGCGCACGCCGCGUUGCGUCCGGUCGCCGCCAAAACGAGGUGGGGGCGGUGCGGGGGGCGGGGGGUGCACUUGGUCUGCGCUCAGGAAUUGUGAAGAGGUGCGAGGACCCAGCGAAUGAUGCCCCCCCCCCAUCCCCCGCCCGUCGUUGCUACCGCCCCCGGAGAUCCACGACCCGAGCCAGCGAAGAGGCGGUGAGCGGCGGAUCCGGGGGGGGGGGGGGUUCCUGGAGCGCACGAAGUCGUUGGGAUUGCGCAAUCGACCCCCCUCCCUCUCCUCGCCCCACCCACCCCCCCCCCCCCCAUCGUGGGGUUGGGGGGGAUGUUGGGAUUUUUGAAAGGGUUUUUCUUUCCCCCCCCUCCCCCAGCGCUGUCACAAGCCACGCGGUUACCUGUGGAAUUUUGUUAAUUGCAGAUUUAAAUGGUAAAUAAAUUAAGUAUUUUUAUCUGUAUGAUAUAUUCUAAAAUAAUAAUAAUAACUUUGUUACAACUAUGCACUGUAUAAGAUGCAGCCAUUUUUUUUUUGGUUUUUAUUUUCUGGUUUGUGUUGUGUUUUUAUUUUUAUUUUUACUCCGUUCCUGGAAAUCCUUUCUUAUUUCAUGUUUACAGAGCUGUCGACGCGACAACGAAGUCCGUUGUUACACGACGUACACGAUGUACACACGAGGCAUGCGCCCGCCGCCGCUAACACGGCCGCCGCAGCCGCAGAGUGAAUGUGCGGGGUUUAGGGUGGAAAAGACGUCGCCGACAAACAAACUGGUCAGGAUCACCGUCGCGGCCAUCACAGCCACCGUGGCCAUCGCCACCGCGGUGGUCGUGAUCGCCGCUAGCCAAGCCGCGAGAUCGCACGCCCCUGACCCCCGUCGCAGCAGCAGCAGCAGCAGCCGCCAGAGAACGCUCGGGCAGAAUUUUGCUCGGACAAAAGAGACAAGAGCACCGAAUAUUUUCCACGUUCUACGAUUGAAAUCGAAACGUCAAUUUGGAAACGCUUGAUUUUUUUCGACACUGCCUCGAAACGUUUUUGAAUGAACGGAAAUGCUAAAUCGUAAUAAUUAUAAUGAUAACGAUGAUAAAUAAUCGCAAAGGCCAGUUUAAGGAAGGGGGAAAAAACAAGCAAAUGUAAUUUUGUUAUUUAAUUGAGCUUCUGGGGGAGCAUAUCUCCCCCUCCCUGCCCCCCUGGUGCACCAUUGAGAGAGAGUGUGGAUCUCGAGGGGAAGGAACGGCAGUGACACUGGGUUUUUAUAUGUAUUAAAAAAGAAACGUAGAAUGCAUUUUUUGAUACACCGGCUGGUUUUUCAUUUUUUUUUUUAAACGCGAAAACGCGUCGUUUGUGUUGACGUUGCGUGCUCUUCCUUUCCUUUCGGACGACAAACCGUGAACGCACGAUGGAUGACGGGAGGGGGGGGGGCACCAAGAGCCACCAGCAACGCCGAGCUGCGGCGGCGGCCACGCUCGAGGUCGGCCUUUGCGGGCGUUUCUCACGAGUCCUUUUCAGGGUCGCCCCAAGAAAAUAAAAAAGGACAUAUAUAUGAACGCGCGGGUGAAUAAAGGCUGCGCCAAUUAAUUCCUUGAAACAACGCGAGUGAAUUUCGCGCGUCGCCGGAUUAAGCGAAUUGUAAAAUUAAAAACGGCAUCAAGCCAACACCGGGGCCCUCCAAUUUAGCGAACGAUUGCAUUUGCGCGUUGCGGCAAAUCCCCAACUCCCCCCCCCCCCCCCGCGCUUUCCCUGUAAUUGGCACGUCGUUGAGCGCCCGGCAGGCCCCCGCUUGUUUUGGGUGUGCAAUUACCCCCGCGGAAUGAUUACAUUCGCGAGCCUUUUAAUUUCUUUGCAGAGUUGGCAAGCCAGCUUUUGCCCUCGUCAGGAAGACGAGGAUCGAAAGGAGAGCACACUCCCCCCCCCCCCCCCCCACCGCGUGUGACCUCCGUGCCCUCGGGGGCGAGUCUUGCCCGCACGGAGCCAAACGGGGCUGUCUGGCAGCGCAGACAACGGGUGGCGAGGGACGGGGUAGGAGACGAACGUGAGAGCCGACCCGGUCAAAGGGGAUGAAACGCGAGAGCUGUCCGACUGCUGAACCGGUCAAAGGCGCCCGCCCAUCGGCAGGAGCGGCCACGGCACGGCGAGCGGUUCGGUUGGCGCGGCCAACGACUGGACAACCCGGCUGCGAGCGCGGCUCCUCUGGCGCGUCGUCGUCUCGCUCCGGCGAGCUGCCCGGGGUGAGCCGCGGCGCCAGAGCGAGCGCUCGGAGGUUGUGACGUCUCGAGCGUCGCUUGAACGAUCUGCCGCCACCGCCGGUGUACCAAAGCGACAUUCUGGUUUGGUGUCACCGAUGCCGCUCUCCGAUUGGAGCUUUGCGCUGUUGCUAGCGGCCCGUUGUAGACCUCACCUCCCCCCCCCCCCCGACAACCACCAUCGUCACCACGUGCUAGGUUUUUUCUCUCUCUAUGAAACAAAUGUUUUACAUCAAUUUGCAUUUUUCUCAGAUAAGAAAAUUAGGAAGGCUUUUAAUGAUUAAUUGAAUUCGCGUUCGGAUGUGGGUGGCGAGGACCCCCCACGGGCGGGAUGAUGUGAGCGGUUCCCGGCUCCUGCAGCGAAGCAAUCGCGACCGUCCUCUCCGCUCAGUGGCAGUUUAAAUAAAUAACCCCGGUGCUGUUUAUAAUCGGCCCCUUACGAGCAAGUCCACCUGCAAUCUGCGCGUUCCUGAUAGGUGGGUAUGCCACGCAGGUAUCUUAUAGGUGGCAGACCCGACAGUCCGCAGGAAUCUUAAUAGGUGGUAGCGCCCUGUGAUCUCUAGGUUUCUGAUAGGUGCGGCGCCUUCACUCUGGAGUUAUCUGAUUGCUGGUGGGGGGGCCAUGCAUUCAAUCUGUAGGAGAGUGGGGUGGUGGUGGGGGGGGUGGGGAGAAGUGGCAGAGGUCACUUGUCACUGUGAUGGGGAGGCAGCUCCUGCUCGCUGCCGCUCCAACGCUGACUGACGCGUCUCCUUGUUGUGCUGUCAGGAGUCGCGCGUCGCUCGGGAGGGCCCCUCCAUCGAUACAGAGGCCACGCAACAAAGGGGCAGGCAGCUCUUGUUUAUUUAUCCCCGUGACGGACGGGCGCAUGGCCCGCGGGAACGCCCGCAAGCAAAUACCCCGCGGCGCAUUUGCAUUCGUAUGUGCAUGUAUGUUUGAUAUAUAUAUACAUGCACAUAUGAUGACAAUAACAACAAUCUAACUGAUGUUUACUGCUGUAUUCUGCGGAAAGCUGGUGGCUCGGGAUUUAACAAUGAAAAGUGUCAUAAAUAACGUAAAAAAAAAAGUUUGAAGUGAUUUUUAAUACCCACCCGGAAAAAAAAUAUACAAAAAAUACAUUUAAAUGAGACUAAAGAAUUAACGAAGAAACUUCAGUCCAUAUCUGUACAUAGCCGAGAAUUGAUCAUAGCAUAUUUAACUUGGAAUUGAGCACUGGGCUAAGCUCUUUGCUGUUUAGCUUGGCAGACACUUUGGUGAUGAUUAAUAAGUAAUAAUGGUUAUUUAAGUCUUCCAGUUUUUAUUUGUUUUAUUUUUUCCUCGUCCUUCUAUCUCCGUCUCCUACGUGGGCCACCUCUGGUUUAGUUUGAAGCCCUGACAUUUGCUGUUGUUGGUGUGCGUGCGUGCGUGCGCGAGUGUGCGUACAUGUGUGUGUGUGCGUGCGUGUGCGAGUGUGUGUGCGUGUAUAUACUGGGUGUAUCUAAACCAGUGAGAGGUGUGAUUCUGUGGCAAUAAACUGGAAAAAAAACACUU